AUAGAUAGAAAAAAAAUGAAACUUCUAUAAUAUAUUAAAUGUUUAAUCAAAUUGCCUGUUAUGAACUGUUUCCUGUACCUCGCACAGAAAUGGCGCAAUCUGUCACAUGGUUCUUCUGGAGUCCCAUAUGAGAAUGUAUCACUGUUCUCACAGAUCCCUGCACUGCAUCUGAAGAUCACUCAGCCAGGAAUACAUUAAAUGAUAGUGCAACAAUAUAACAAUAUUGCCAUUGCCUAAGUAUGUGAGCUUUAAAAAGCAGACGUGUGUGGGAGAUCGAACAGUCCCAUCGUGUCAGUUCUCGCGCUUCAUCGCUUAAAAGUUUUCCUGGACCCGGAGUCUACUGUCAUUUGUUUUCUUGUUGUUGGGAAACAUGUUCGCAACACCGGCGUUUCUUUUUCGUUAAGACAUGCGUACUGACCUGAUGAAAGGCUUAAGCGCGCUUUAAAUGUAAGCGCGCGUAAUAUGACCGGAGUCUGUGGACGGGCUCGCGCUUUUCUCGGCGCACUGGAGUAGCACUACACUGUCUUAACGCGAGCAAAACAUCUGUCGAUGAUUGAGAGACGGCUGCUGAAUGCUGAGAGUGAAAGAGUAAAGCCCGGAGCACAGAGAAUAACCCUCGGCUAGGGUAAAGCACCACAGCGCCCGUCCUGGAGAGGACGGGGGACUCUGGAGGGUGAUAGUGACCGUGGACUGGACAUCACUGUGAACCUUCACCUGGGACAGAAAGAGAGAGAGAGAGAGUAAUGGUCUCCGUGAUGGCAUCAAAGUGGCUUAUAUGUUUCUGCCUACUUUGGCUCUGCGUGACAAGGUGUCUUGCUGCUGAUGCUGAGGAGAGGCUGGUAGAUUUUCUGCUCGGUCCUGAGCGUUACAAUAAACUUAUCCGUCCUGCGGUCAAUAAGAGUCAGCAGGUCACUAUUGGCAUCAAAGUCUCUCUUGCACAGCUCAUUAGUGUGAACGAGAGGGAACAAAUCAUGACGACGAAUGUGUGGCUGACUCAGGAGUGGACUGACUACAGACUGGUGUGGGACCCGAAUGAGUAUGAGGGCAUCAAAAAACUACGAAUACCAUCACAGCACAUCUGGCUUCCUGAUAUAGUACUCUAUAACAAUGCUGAUGGUGUAUAUGAAGUAUCAUUUUACUGCAAUGCCGUUGUCUCCAACACUGGGGAUAUUUUCUGGCUCCCUCCUGCCAUCUACAAGAGCGCCUGUGCUAUAGAAGUCCGUAACUUCCCUUUCGAUCAACAGAACUGCACGCUUAAAUUUCGUUCUUGGACCUAUGACCGCACAGAACUCGAUCUUGUCUUGACGUCUGAUUUUGCCAGUCGUGAUGACUACACACCCAGCGGCGAAUGGGAUAUUGUGUCGCUCCCUGGCAGAAAAAACGAAGACCCCAAUGACCUCAAAUAUCUGGAUAUCACAUACGACUUUGUGAUUAAACGCAAACCUCUCUUCUACACGAUUAACCUCAUCAUUCCAUGCGUCCUCAUCACUUCUCUCGCAAUUCUGGUUUUCUACCUCCCUUCAGACUGUGGAGAGAAGAUAACACUCUGUAUGUCGGUUCUUCUGGCUCUUACUGUGUUUCUGCUGCUGAUAUCGAAGAUCGUUCCACCAACAUCAUUGGCUGUUCCAUUAAUAGGGAAGUAUCUGAUGUUUACGAUGGUGCUGGUCACAUUUUCUAUUGUGACGAGCGUGUGUGUGCUCAACGUGCACCACCGUUCUCCAUCAACACACCACAUGCCCGAGUGGGUCAAGCGUGUGUUUCUUCAUAAGCUUCCUGCUUUCCUUCUGAUGCGACGGCCUGGAAAGUCUAAUGUACGGGAAAGGUUUCGACGGAAACAUCAACGGAAAUCAUUCUCAUCUCAUCUGGAUGGAGACUCAUUCUUCUUAAGUGAUGACCCUGGGCAUGUGUGCGGGGCCUGGAGGGUCGGCGACCUCCCUGAGGGGUCGGAGUUCAGGCAGAGAGUGAAAGUCAGGCACGACCAAGAUGUGGAUGAGGCCAUAGAGGGUGUGAGGUUCAUUGCAGAACAUAUGAAGUUUGAGGAUGAUGAUGAAGGGAUCAUUGAGGACUGGAAGUAUGUAGCCAUGGUGAUCGACCGGCUCUUCCUCUGGAUUUUUAUCCUGGUGUGUGUCGUCGGCACACUCGGACUCUUUGUUCAGCCUCUCUUUCAGAGCUACAACAUCCCCGUGGCAGAGGAAGAAUAUGGGGAUUUCUAAAAUAUCUGCUGUGUGAUCCUGUGACUUUGGGGCGUACCAGCUUUGACAUAUCACAAACACAUAUCCACAUUAAUGUUCAGCAGAACAGAACCAUUGUGGGGCGAAUUCACUAAACCGUUGCAUUAGCGUAUGGUGUUUCAGCGCAAACUUAUGAAUUUUAUACACAAACCACCCGCAAUACAGUUUAAGCAGCAUUGUGCAUUUGUAUUAAUUCUUUUUGUUUUUUGCAAACUGCCUUUCUAUGCAAAUUAGGCUUCUUAUAGCAUGUGUAUUCAAAAAGUGAGUGUUGUGUGUCUGGUACAAUUAACGUUGCGCUAUUAUUGCCCACAGAAAGCUGGCUGUAAACACUAUGUAUGUAAAACAGAUAUUUGUUUACAUUUUCUACUGCUCAUGGUAGCAGUAAAUUAUCAAAUGAUGAUUAACUGGAGUAGAGUGUUAUAAUCAGCCGUAAAAUAAGCCAUUACUCAAUUUGCAUAAUUCCUUUAGAUGCAGAUAAACACAUCUGCUGGUUCUGAUCCUUCAUAGUGAAUUCCUUCUGUGUGUCACAUGACAAACAGUCUCAAAGCUAUAAACCAAUGAUCCUGUUUCUUUAAUUAAAGUUGCUGUAUUUAAUUUUUUGACUGUAGUAAAGCAUACAAAUACCUUAAAAGAUUUUCAGAUAUUUAGGAAACAUGCUUAACAUACUUGUUUCUCUGAAAAGCAAUGCUACAGUUGUCAGUUGCGUUUGUUCCUGUUGCAUGUUCUCAAUCUGAGCGUCGAGUCUGAGGAGGAGGGACCGGAGAAACAAUAUUUUGAAUUUGGACUGAAGUACUUAUUUGAACUACUAGCUCAAAAUUACAUACUGCACCUUUAAGAGUUUCUCAUUUGAACAAUAAUAGCGUUAUAUUAUAGCUGUCAGCUGUCAUCUUUGCAGCCAAAUUGUUGUAAAACUAUAAAAUUUAUAUGGUUUAUGUAGUGUUCACUUUUAUAUUUUUUCAAGAAGGUUUACAGGGUUUCAAGAGCAGGAUGAUUAUCAGAGACCUUGAUGCAAGGACUAAUUUUCUAAGACGUUUUUUCUCCUUCUUGCUUGACCUCACACAAAUGCAUUGACACAAACUGUAGUUCACUCAGUAUUAUUUGAUAUGAACGUUUGAUUAAUGGCUGUAGGUGGUUUUCCGGAACUGAAUCACAUUUUAAUUGCCUUAAAAAUACAGUUUCAUGCUGUGAUUGACCACUUCACCAUCACAAAAGUAUGAUCAAUAGACUUUUCAAAAUAAGCAUUGUAAUUAUAAAAAUAAUGCAAUAAA